AUGGUGGUGCGUCUCCGGCUCGCGAGGCACGCUGCUCAGCCAAAGCGCGCCGAAGAUCGUCCUGGGUACAACGGCGAGGUGAUUCGCUCUGGUAUUGUGGCCAAGCCCGUGCUGGAGAAGCGAAUGGAAUGGAACGAGGAUCGCAUCAAAUACUGGCUCAACACGGGCGCUCAGCCGACCAAGUCGGUCUUCCGCUUGCUGUACAGGGCUGGCCUCAUUCCCCCCGAAAAGCUCGAACUCUUCAAGGGCUUGUACCGCCCGGCCGCGGCUGCGGCGCCAAGCGCAUCGCCUCAGGAGGGCGACGCUGCUGCCAAGGCGGAAUAA